AUGUUGGUCGACACGAUCAUCAACACGGUUACAUCCUCUGUCCAUCCCGUGGUGGCGGUUCUCGCGCUGCCUCUGGCUCUGGUUCUCCUCGAGGUAGCAUGGAUCAUCUACGCCCGGAAUUUCCAUCCCCUGGCCGACGUGCCGGGACCGUGGCUCGCCUCCGUGAGUCGACUGUGGGUGAUGCGGCGACUCAAAGUUGGGGACAUGGACCAAGUCCAGCGCAACCUCCAUCGCAGGUACGGACCGCUGGUUCGGAUUGCGCCCAACGAAAUCGCCUGCUCCGACCCCGAGGCCAUCAAGGUUUUGUACAGGACGGCCGCACCGCUGACCAAGACCGAUUUCUACCCGGUCUGGGGAAACCCGCGCAUGUCCAAAUAUGCGGACAACUUCUCCCAGGUCAACGAGAGACUGCACUCAGAGCGGCGGAGGAUCGUCAACCACGUGUACAGCUUGUCCAACGUCCUGCAGUCCGAAGCUUCCAUCGACAGAGUCACGACGGUCAUGGUGGAGAAACUCACCCAGCUGGCUCAACGUGGGCAGGACUGUGACUUGGGCACCUGGAUCCAGUGGUAUACAUUCGAUGUCAUCGGAGAACUCUUCUUUGGACGCAUGUUUGGAUUCCUCCAGCAGGCGGCCGACUAUCAGGCAUGGAUUGCUUCAUUGGACGCUCUUAUGCCGGGUUUCUGUCAAGUCGCCGUCGCGCCCACGUAUCUCCGACCGUUUAUCCUCCUGUCGUCGCUGUUCGACUCGAAGAUGAAUGCAGCCAUCAAAUGCACGCAGACAAUGGAGGUUGCAGCUCGAGAAGGCGUUGCGCGGAGGCAGGCAGAGCUCGACCAGGGUUCCUCGACCUCCGACAGCCGGGACUUGCUGCAGCAACUCUUCAACAUCCAGCGAGAAAAGGGCGAGAAGAUGGAUUUCUCCAUGAGAGAGGUAGAGCAAGAGGCAUACAUUGCACUACUGGCUGGCUCCGACACCACGGCGAUUGCCAUCCGUUCCAUUUUCUACCACAUCGUCAAAGAUCCAAAGGUCUACCAGCGACUGCGCGCCGAGAUUGACCAGGCCAAUGCCGAAGGCGAGCUGUCUUUCCCAGUCAAGCACGCGCAGGCACUGAAACUCCCCUACCUGUGCGCAUGCAUCAAAGAAGGCAUGCGUAUGCACCCCAGUGUGGGCCUGACCUUGCCGCGAUUGAUGCCGGCCGGCGGCUUACAGAUCUGCGGCAAAUAUGUGCCUGAAGGGUAUCGGGUGGGUGUUAACGCUGCCGUCAUUCAUUUCGACAAGAGAAUCUUUGGGGACGACGCCCACCAGUUCCGACCGGAGCGUUGGCUCGAUCCGGCCGCUGCUGCCAACAUGGACAGAUAUAUGUUCCAGUUUGGCUACGGCACCAGGACGUGUAUAGGCAAGAAUUCCAGUCCAGAUGCGGUGGUUCAGACCUUCAAAAGCAGCAAGUCGAUGGGAGCGACAGCAGCGGUCGCAAUCCUCGCAGGCAUAGCUACCGUCAGUCUUCUUGCGUCGUAUGGAGGCGAGGUUCAUGCCGAAGCUCCUCACGGCCCCCAAACGCUGGCCACAGGGACUGCAUCAACCCUCCCACUCUCAUCCGUGCAGCCCCUCCAAUAUGAUUUGUCGGAGAAGAACCUGCACGAGGCGUACCAAGAAUUUAUGGCUCUUUUGGGUGAGGAGAACGUGAGUCUCAACGCAGGAGAGCGAUGCACGCGCUCAAGCACUGAGUGGUCGCCAGCUCCUCGCGCGGACGACAUCCCAUCCAUGAUCGUCUACCCGCGACACACCCAAGACGUGAGUCAAAUCGCCCGGAUCUGCCACGGGCGAAGAAUCCCCAUGAUCGGCUUCUGCGGCGGGACGAGUCUCGAGGGCACCCUGGCCGCGCAGCACCAGGAGGUGUGCAUCGACUUCAACCGCCACAUGAACCGGGUGCUCGAGAUCCGCAAGGGUGACAUGGACGUCACGGUCCAGCCGUCGGUCGCGUACCAGGAGCUCAACGCGCUGCUGGCCCAGCAGGACAUGUUCUUCCCCCCGGAUCCCGGGCCGGGCGCCCAGAUCGGCGGCAUGAUCGCGCAGGGCUGCUCGGGCACUAACGCGUACCGGUACGGGACGAUGAAAGACUGGGUACUGGGCCUGGAAGUCGUGCUUGCAGAUGGGACCAUCAUCCAGACCAGACAUCGGCCACGCAAGUCCAGCUCGGGCUACGACCUGACCAGACUCUUCACGGGAUCCGAAGGCACCCUCGGGUUCGUGACCAAAGCGCACCUCAAGCUCACCAAGAAACCCGAGAACGUGCGGGUGGCCGUGGCGCAGUUCGCGAGCAUCGACGACGCGGUCAAGAUGGCCGUGCACACGGUCCAGAGCGGCAACCAGCUGGAGGCGAUGGAGCUGCUGGACGAUCUCAGCAUGCACGCCGUGAACGAGGGUGGCUACUGUUCGGUGCGGUGGGCGGAGAAGCCGACCUUGUUUCUGAAGAUCAGCGGGUCGACGCCACAGCUCGUCGCACAGAUGGCCAGACAGGUGGAAGAGACGGCGAGGGAGAGUGGCGCAUCACUCUUCAAACUGGCGGCCACCGAUGAAGAGGGUCAAGAGCUGUGGGAGGCGCGAAAGACGGCCCUGUGGUCGACGCUGGCGCUCAAGAAGUCGCCCGACGACAAGUUCAUCAGCGCCGACGCCUGCGUCCCGAUUUCGAGGCUGGGAGACAUUAUUCGCGAGAGCCGGGAGAGGUUGACAGAGUCGAAGAUGUUGGGAUCGUUUCUUGGACAUGUUGGUGACGGCAACUUCCACGCCACGGUCCUCUACAACGCGCAAGAAAAGGCCCAGGCGCGCCAACUCAUCUCCGACAUCCAGCGCCUGAGCGUCGACAUGGACGGCACCGUCUCGGGCGAACACGGCAUCGGCCUCGAGUACCGCGACCAAGUGGUCUACGAGCUGGGCGAGGCGUCGGUCGACACCAUGCGGGCCAUCAAGUUCGCGCUCGAUCCGCUGUGUUUGUUGAAUCCGGGUAAGAUGAUUCGUGUGGAGAAGGUGCGUGCAGAACUGGAGGAUGACAAAGGGGGUGAUCAAAAUCAGGACAAGAAGUGA